ACUUGAAGUUAGCUAUGGAUGUCAUGUACUCAGUUAAAUUUCGCUCGUUGUAAUUUUGAAAUGGCGUGAUUGUAGUUUUUCAGAAUUAUCGACUUAAAAAGCGAAGCUUAACGAAAAAUCAUUGUGUUAUAAGUUAAAAAUAUAUAUUAUUAUCGAUUAAUACAAAUCGGACGUUCCAACUUGGCUUAGUUCUUCCAACUUAUUGUACUUCGAGGUGAUUUUGUAACAUAACCUCAACGAUGUUUAACUCUUCUAAAUUAAACGACUCUUCAAAAUUUCUAAAAACUACUCUACUGAAUCCUUACGAUGAUUCUAUACACGAACCAAAUAGAACCUUUUCGACUCCGAAAAUUACGUCUACGCCAUUGCAUAGCGUAUUUGCCACUCCACCCAAAAAUCAAAUAAUGACACCUCGAAGAUAUUCUUUAUCUGAAGUUGCUACACCACCCAGGAAUAAUAUAAGAGAUGAUAUAAAUAUAAAAUCCCAACAAUAUACUCCUGGUCCAUUAUUAUCGUCUACGAAAUUCAAUUUAAGCGUUAGUACGUUCGAAGACGCCAAGAGUCCAGGUCUUGUUAAUCGAAUUGUCCAAUAUAACGACGAAGUGGAAAAACAAAGACGUCCGGCUACACAUCAAGCUAAAUAUGGCACUGUUGGGUUGUUUCCGAUAGUACAUCUUUUUAAAAACAAAUUACCAGUUUUGGAACAGAAACCUAGACGUGUUACCAUCAGAGUAGCUACUCCAGAUAAAAUGAAGCAUACAACUGAAUAUAAUAGAAAAUUAUUAGAAGGACUCGUAAAACCGAGUGGAAGUAAUCACAAUAUUUCUCAUUUGAACCAUUCCGAACAUUCAACAAGUACAAGAAGUGUUUUGGACGCUUUGAAGGAAAUAUCUAGAAAAAGAAUACACGCCAGCGAAGAGAUUGAUUUACACGAAGAAACCGGUAAAAGAUUGCGAACAGAAAACGAAGUUUGUACAGAUUCGAAUAAACGAGGUAGAGACGAAUCUCCCCAAUUGGAAACAUCGACGAGUCCCAACAAACCCGCUUCGAAGAAAAUUUGCAUGUACGAUGAAUAUUUGGCGUCUCGCUCAUCGAUGGACUUUGCAUUCAAUAGAUCAGACUCUAAAAGAAAAUACAUAAGUACAAGUACCGUAACUGAAAAUCCCAAGGAAUCUAAACAAGUCAAAUUAGUUAAUGUCGAAACGCAAACAAUUGAAGAAGAAAAACCAGAAAACACCGAAGAUAAAUGUUUGGAAACUGAAGAUGACGCUGAAACUGACAAAACUAAAAAAGUGAAAUCAAUAUUGAAAGUAUUCGACGAUUCCCCGUUGGAGAGAAUAAGAAAAAAUAGAUUGGCUGCCCUUAUGGGUAACCUAGUAGGAAAAGAUCCGGUACUCAAAACGAAACCCGAUUAUCCAGACGCUUUGUCUCAUCAAAAAGACCCAGAGGACGAUGAAGACGUAAAAGAAACGACGGAUAAACCUCUAGUUUCGAUAUUGGCACAAAAAUCCCCGAAAAAGACUGCUAAACACGUUACUUUUAAUAUACCGGAAACGACGACAGCAAAUGACACGGUAAACGACGUUGUUUCUUCACUACCGGAUACCAAACAAACUUCAAUUGAUGUUAAUAGAGAAGAAAUAUGCAAAAGUACCAGUACAACAAGCGUAAUAACAAAUUCAUCAAUUUUUACGUCCAGUAGUACUACUACUAAUAGUGUUCCUAGUACUACUACUACUACUACUAGUGUACCCAGUACUGCUUCUACUUCAAUUACAGUAGAAAAUUCGAAAAGUUUCACUUUUGGUAAUGACAAAAAAGUAGAAAAUCCUACUACUAGUACCACUGUAGUACCGGUUACUUCUUCUCCACCGAAAAUCGGCGGGUUCAAAUUCGAUUUACAAAAAUCCCCAUCGAAACCUUCCUUAACCAGUAGUUUUAACUUAAAUUCCCAACCAGGUGUUAAUAUUAGUACCGAUAAAGCGGAUACGGGUACUGCGAAAAGUACUUCAGGCGUCGUCGUUUCUUCUAGCGAAAGUAGCAAACCGUCUUUCACUUUCGGUUCUUCCGGUACUACUUUUAAUUUCGGUAAAACUCUCCCUACUUGUAAACCGACCGAUUUUCCUUCGCUAUUUGUCGGUGGUACUAUCACUAACGCUGUUACCACCUCUGCCAAAACUAGUUUCAGUACCGUAACCUCGAUUGCGAAUAAAGAUUUGAUUACGAGUCCGUCUGCUACGAGUACUUUCGCUUCCCCGAUACCCGCUUUCGGUAGUUUUCAAUCUAAAGUUGAUAAUAGUAGUACCGGAUUCGGUAUUCUUCCUACUACAACCGCUAACGGUACUACCGCCUUCGGAAUAUCAACUACCAAUUCGAAUUUCGGUACUAACCCUAAUUUUGCCGUUACCACAACUCCUACUUUUGGUAGUACUACAGCGCCUAGUUUCGGUACCACAACUCCAGGUUUUGGUACUACUAGUACUAAAAUUCCCGAUUUUGGUACUACUAGUUCUACAACUCCCAGUUUUGGUACUACCAGUACUGCAACUCCCGGUUUUGCUACCACUAGUACUAAAACUCCCAGUUUCGGUACUACUACAACUCCUGGUUUCGGUGGUACUACUACUACUACUACAACUCCCGGUUUUGGUACUACAAUUCCUGGUUUUGGUACUACUACUGGUAUUACAACUCCCGGUUUUGGUACAACUACUACCACAACUCCCGGUUUAGGUACUACAACUCCUGGUUUUGGUACUACAACUUCAGGUUUUGGUAAUUCAUCAGGAUUCGGUAGUACGACCCCAGCUUUCGGUAAUUCUACUACUCAAACGUUCGGUACUAACGGUACGUCCGGUUUUGGUUCUCCAACAACAACUGCUAACAGUAUUUUUGGCCCUUCAACGACUAUUUCAACUUUUGGUGGCACUUUAAACAGUACUUUCGGUACCGCGACUACGGCUAGUAGCGGUUUCGGAACCGCCGCUUUCGGAACCGGUACUAAUCAAGCGCCUGGUUUCGGUACUACCGUUACGUCGGCUUUCGCUUUCGGUGGUAGUACUGCUCCGUCGUCUACCGGUUUCGGAAUCGUUACUACGGCGUCCGGAUUCGGCGGUAACGUCGCUUCCAUAUUUUCUAAAACGAAUGUACCGUCUUUCGGUGGUACUGGUUCGAGUACUCCUUUUACGGAAACCGGUUUCGGAGCACCGGUUUCUAGUGCAUCGGCGUUUGGUACUGUGACGACGACGUCUUCGUUUAAUUUCGGAGGGGGUAACGCGUCGUUUACCGCUCCAGCUACUACGAGUUCGAUUUUCGGUACCACCCAAAGUCCUUUCGGUGGUGCGGCGGCGGCGGUGGCUACGACGACGACGACUUCGUCAAAUGUCAAUUUUACUUUUACGGGGAAGGGUACCACCAGCGGAACCUUUCCUUCUACUAAUACGGUGACUCCGUCGUUUGGAAGUACUUUUGGGCAAAGUGGUACCGGUUUCGGUGCUCAAACUACCGGUUUUGGUACUUCUAAUAAGGGUACGUUUGGUAAUGUGGCAACCGGUUUUGGAAGUAAUGCGGCUACUCCAGCUUUUGGCGGUACCACACCAGCACAACCUUUCACUACUACAAACGCGAGUUUCAACAAAACUCAACCCCCUACUCAGAGUAACUUCGGAUCGCCUCAAUUCAGCUUCAACCAGCAAAAUAAUACUGUGAACAGAAGCUCCGUGUUUACAUUCGGUAGUGCUAGUGGUGAAAAAUCCGGUGUGUUUAAUUUCGGUGCUUCGAGCGGAGAAACCGCUAAAAAGUUCGAUUUCAACGUGAGUAGUAGUGCAGCUCCACCGGCGUUCGGAGCCUCGUUCGGCGGUAAUACGUCUGCUCCGGCUUUCGGUGCUACGGCACCUUUACCGGCCGGGGGGUUCAGUAUCGGUGCCGGAACCCCUACUCCUAAGAGAACCCAGAUUAAGGCCAAGAGGAGAACUUGAUUGUUAACGAAAAUAUUGUAAGGUAGAUGAUUUUUUUUUUAAUUUUCGUUUUCGAUAAAAAUGUAAGUAGAUAAAAUCCGUGAAGGAAUGAGUAAAAUAUCGAAUUGUGACGGUUGUUUGAUGAAACAAUACCUAUUUGAAUUAAUUUUUUUUUGCGAAUGAAUACAAUCCCGUAAUUUGAUUAUUUCGCUAUUUCCAUCAGUUUUUCUUUAUAAAAUUGUAGUUUAAAUUUAUUUUUUUAUAUACAAAUAUAUAAAAUAAAUGUAUACGGUGUUAAGUUAAUAUAUUUAAUAUGAUAUAAAUUUUUACUCAAAUUAGAAUUAAAGGAAAUCUAGUGUUGAAGUGGUAAAAAAAAUAUUUUGAUCCAAUUUUUAUAUUAUAACGAUAAUAGUCCUUGAUGAAUAUAAUCGGUGAAUUCUAACCUAACUUUUUGAUACGUCACUCGUGUCUAUAAUCAAAAUCAGCUUAUACCCAUUUCAAAAUGACCGCUGUAAGGUAAAUAACUGUAAUUUUCUGUUUGAUUCGUGAAGUUAUUUGUUGGAAAUGUGGCUUUGUUGUUGUUUCUUUUUUAACUAUAUUGGAAACUGGUGGGAAAUGAGCAGGAUUCUAAGUGAAAGCUCUUUUCAUUUCAUUAAAAGGGGGUAACUAAAUUUUAAAUUUUGUCCUUGUACCUUUUAUCUGCUGCUGGGUUAUCAUUUUGCAAACGUCUCAUGUUUAAUAAAUUUGAACGCAACAGUGGAAAUUAAUUUCCUGCUGACUGAGUAAAAAAACUAUGAAAAUACUCAAUUUCCGCUGUAUUCGAUUCACUAAAAUAAAUCUAAAAGUACCUGUACAGUUCUUUCAAUAGCAUAAAACUAAAAAACAAUACAAAACCAUCAAACUACUGGAAAAAAUCAAGAAAAGUCGAGUAAGUCGAUGAUUUACCCUACAUAAUCAGAUGUUUUCUUAGAUUGCCUAAUGUCAUUGUGAUUUCUUCUUUUUUUUAUGAGCAUACAUAUGACAGAACUAAAUCAAUAACGUAACCUUACUUCAUCAUAUGUCAUUAAAGUCAAUUAAGUAUUUCAAAUUUCAUUAUUUCCUUUUUUUUUUGGAAAUGUUUCUGAUAAAUGUUGAUAUUUAAAAAUUUGUAAUUUUUGUAACUGUCCCCAAAAAAAAUUGAUGCGAUUUUCAACUUCCGAGGACUAUUAAAUUUAGUCUUUGGUUGGUUUUUUUGUUUGCAAAAACUUGUACCUUGAACUAACUUGAACUCUACUAACGAAAUAUAAAAUAAAAUUACAGUACAUUCGUUAUAAUAAAAAAUUGAUAUCAAAAUAAUCAUUUUUAGUUUGAAUAAGUGAAACUUGAUGAUUUUUUUAUGAAUAAUACUUUUAUGAGUGAAAACUUUAUUAAAAAUAUUUUUUUUAUAUAAUAAAUAUAAAUUAUGUGAAGUAAGCAUGAUGUUGUUUUUUAUAUUUAGCUAUGUUUAACUGUAAUUCAAGAAAUGUGAUAAAUAGAUUAUUAGAGAGAGAUUGUCAUGCUUACUGAGGCAUGAACAUUUUUUUUGUCAAUAUUUAUAAGGAUAUUUUUAAUUGUUUUUGUUCAGAUUUGAUUAUUUCAGAAAUAAAAUUAUUUAUUGAA